CAUCACGUGACCCGAGAGCCAGCGUUUUCCUCCCCAUCUUCCCUACGUAUUUCAACGUAGACUUUGACAUGGAGAAAAUGAGGUCCAGAGGUGCAGCUGUUACCCAGUUGAGGUUCCAGAAAGUCAAAGGAACAUACCCACAGGUUAUCUCACUUCAGAGUGAAGCAGCAUGGAUGCUGUCAGCCAGGUCCCGGUGGAAGUUGUGCUCCCCAAACACAUCCUGGACAUCUGGGUCAUUGUCCUCAUCAUCCUGGCCACCGUUGUCAUCAUGACCUCCCUGUUGCUGUGCCCGGCCACUGCGGUCAUCAUCUAUCGCAUGCGGGCUCAUCCUGUCCUCAAUGGGGCUGUGUGAGAACCUCCCAGGAGGGGCAGGGGAGGAUGAGGACAGCGUCCCCUCCCCCAGCCUCUUUCCCAUUCUCAGAAAAGACGCAGGAGGGGCUUUGGAAACGGACUCCGGAGCUUGAUACAUAGGAGGAGACCUGAGCUCUGGUUUGGAUUCUGCCACUGGCCAGCUGAGUGAGUUCCGUCAUGGGACCCAAUCCUAUGAGUUCCAGGCUCCUUGUCUUUCCAGUGGGGACCACUAUCCCCGCCCUUCCUACCUCAGAGGGUUGCGAGAACCAAUGGCUCGGUGGAGGUGAAAACUGUUUGUGGGCAGUAAAGCCACCAUAGAUGUGCAGGAGUUAUUGCUGAGUGCUGAGAAGCUCUGAAGAACCAAAGAACCUAACUGCUGCUCAUGGCCUUCAAGAUGGUGAGGGACACACGGAGGGCAGAGCGGCCUUUCCCCAGUGCCCCUCGGGUCAGACCAAGCAAAAGCACCCUGUCCUCACUCCAAGGGGCUAGCAGCACAUUGGCUCAGUUAUUUUCUUUGAGGUGCCACUCCCUCAAGUUUUCUAAUUUGAUAGGGAAUUGAUCAUGGCACAGGGCGGGAGAUGGGUAGAACUUCCCAAGACCUUCUCUGUGCCAGAAAUCUCUGCCCUUAUGCAGGAGGAGGACUCUGCCAUUUCUUGGCAAUGCCAAGGGAGCUGGGGCAACUCUUUCUGCACGGGAGUCUUAUAGCUUUGACACUCAAGCAAUGUUGGGAAGUGCAGGGUGGCUGAGUUCCCUGGGCGGCUUUCAGAAUCUCCAGCCCCUACCCCUUGAGUGUGCCACCGGAGAGCUGCCCCAGCUCCUGCUGUAAUUAGCUCCACAGUGUACCGUGUAUUUCCUUCACUCCCUCCCACCAGCACUGCAACCAACCCAAGAUACAGACUUACAUUUUAAGAGAUAUUCCCAGGGCUUUUGGAACUAACUUAAAACAAUGAUGGUUAUUUUGGAUGCUAUGAUUUAUAUUUAUAUAGAAAGAUUUGUGGGCUGCUCAAGCUCUUUGAGCAAAAUCAGGAACAUCCUGGGGUUUAUUAAAUUAUGUUAAAAAAUAGCACAGAUAUCAGGAUAUUAUUAUGUGACAAUGAUGCUUUUACUUUUUAUCUGAUUUCACUGAUGUACACCAUCAAUUUCCAAUAAAGUGCUAGAACGAC